UGCCAAUCAGUCCGUCAGCUCCACACCCGCAAAAAGCUCCCGCGGCCAGACGCUCGCAUCACUCCGCUCUAAAGGUGCCAAACUGCGGCUCUGACAUUAGCUGCUCUGUGGCAGCGGAGAGGAGGAGACGCCUGGCAUUUAGUGAAAUAAAGGGGGUAUCUUUAGCUUUAGACAGCUACCCCCCUCCCUCAUUUUUUUCUUCCUUCUUUUUGAGGAUUCCUACUUUUUUUUCCUGCUUUCUUCAUUGACUUUUGUGGAGCUCUUAACUGCACCGGACUUUUUUUUUUUUUUUUUCUGGUUUCUUCCCCCGGACAUGUCUUUCCCUCAGCUGGGGUUCCCCCAGUUCCUCAGUGCCUCUCAUGAGGUGUACGGAGGCGAGCGGCCGGCCUCGGCUACCCGGGAUGGAGGCGCGGAGGGCGGGAUAAGCGCCUCCGCUACGGCCGCGGCUGUCGGUUCUAUGCUGGGGAUGUACGGAAGCCCGUGGGCUGCUCCGAACUACAGUGCCUUUCUGCCGUACAGCGGAGCCGCGGACCUCGCCCUCAUAUCCCAGAUGGGCUCCCAGUAUGAGCUGAAGGACAGCCCGGGCUCCCAUCCUGCGGCCUCCCUGCCCGUCCACCCAGCUCAGGGCUUCUAUCCGUAUGGCCAGUACCCAUAUGGGGACCCCUCAAGGGCCAAAACGGCUACCAGGGAGACCACCAGCACCCUGAAGGCCUGGCUGCAGGAACACCAGAAGAACCCCUACCCCACCAAGGGGGAGAAGAUCAUGCUGGCGAUCAUUACAAGGAUGACGCUCACACAGGUCUCCACGUGGUUCGCAAACGCCCGCAGGCGCCUUAAGAAGGAGAACAAGGUGACCUGGGGCCGCAGCGCAGAGGACCGGGACGGCCGCAUCUUCAGCAGCGACAACGAGGAUGAGCACGGCAAGAAUGGCAGCGAUGACGAAGAGGAGGAGGAAGAGAUCGACUUGGAAACGGUCGACAUCGAGAGGCCGGAGGAGCAGAGAUCCGGGGAGCCGGGCUCUGGGAAGGGAGAGGCGGAUGCGGGCCUCCCCGUCAGGGAGCAGGCCUCCACGGAGAGCAGCAGGACGCUGGAGCCUGGAGAUAAACUUGCUGCGGCGCGUUCACCGAGCAUACACGACUGCCAGAGAGCACCGCAGAGCAAACCCAAAAUCUGGUCUCUGGCGGAGACAGCCACGGCCCCAGACAGCGCGCACAAAACCACUCCUCCGGCGGCCUUUGCGCAACAGGCGGCGUUGGCCUCCGCCGGCCACCCGGCCUUGCUGCCGGGUCACGGAAUAUACACGUGCCAGAUCGGCAAGCUGCACAACUGGGCGAACGCGGCUCUAAUGAACGCCAACUCUAUUUUGAACAUGAGGUCUCUGCUGGGCGGCGCGCCGCCCGGACACCUGCCGCUGCACGGAGCGGUGCCUGCGCCCGCGGCGGCCGCAGGCGCAGCGACGUCCGGCUCAGAGGAGGACAGCGACUUGGAGUCAUCGGGAAGCUUCAGUCCAAAAAGAGAUGAUGAGGAAAGAGAUCGCAGACCUGAUUCCCUCAAGUCCCCCUUUCAGCUCAUCACUGACAGACCUCACCAUGGAAGGACGCCGCAGCGAGUUCUGACAACAACAUUAUGAAAAGAUGAAGCAAAAACUUUCUAUUGAAACAAAAAAGGAAAAUGGAUGAAAAAAAUCAUAAUUUUAUUUAAAGGAGGACAUUUAAAUGAAGGCUAUUUUUUUCCCCUGAAAGCUCGACCAGUUAUAGUAUUAGCUUCUCCAUGCGAAAGAGAUGUCAGAGAUUUGUUUGUUUUGCUACGUCUUCUUUUUCUAUUUGUUUCCUCAGCCCUUUUGUUGUGAAUGAAAAAAAAAAAAAAACUCGGACGUUUGUAAAUACACAUUAUGAAUUUGUCUUUAAAGAGUAUAUUUUUUGGGACCUAAAUAAA